AUGCCCGGCGACGCUACUAUCCUCGAAGGGCCAGUGACCCCAGCUCCGUUGUUUGCCUAUCGCGCUCUCCGCAGCAUCUUCUUUACUUCGCCUGACUCGUCCCCGGAGUAUCACAACAAAGACAACAUAGUACCAAUAUAUGCGAAUUCCCCGACAAAGUCAAAAGUGACUCUGGCAGAUGCUCCUCGCGUCACCCCGCCACAAAAGCGCAAGAGGGACAGCAGCAAUGUAGAUGCCAUCCUCUCCCCCACGAAGGGCAUCCUUAGAACGCCGGGCCUCGCGACACCAAGAGCAAAGUACUUGAAGGACAUCAACGUCAAGUUCAAGAGCGUCAGCCCGGAGGUUCGAAGAUCAGAGCCUGUCGUGGGCGCUGAAAGCACCUCCAAUGCCGGCUUCGACGAUACGACACGAGCAGCCCGCCCUUCAUCGUGCUCCCAACCAGCAACACCCAACAGUUCGCAGGAACAAUUAGUAGAGAAUAUGGUACAACUAUCUACAAGCAAUGCGCCAACGGCAUCCCGGCCGUGCGGGCUCCUCCCCGGCGCUCUCGAAUCCUAUAUGGCCCAGACAGAGAAGGAAAUGAAGCGGCUGAUCCGCUACGGGAAGAAGAUGCGGGAAUACGCCCUCAAGAAGGAUGCCGAGAACCAAGAGCUGAAGAUCAUGAUCGAAGAACUCAGACAACAAAACGAGCGGCUCAAGAACGAUAUCUCCAAACCCUCAAUUGCCAAGAAAGACCUAUUCGCCGCGCUUAGCCACGAGCAAGAGGAUAGAAAUGAGACACAGCAGUGCAGGCUGGCACAGACGCAGACGAGGACAAGCAAAGCCAAAGAUACGAUAACGAGGGAAAUAUCCCCGGCGUUGAGGACCAAGAACCGGGGCCACGUCCGUGAAGAAGUCGAUAGAGUCGAGACAACAGUGCGGGUCCAGACUAUGAAGAACUCACCAGCUCGUGGAAGGAGCCCGUCUCUUGCGCUGAAGCCAGUGACAAGCUUCUCACAAACAACGUCAGGCUUGCACCGCAGGUGUUCCUCUCCCGCCAAAAUUGUAAUAUCUGUCAAGCCGUCCAACGGUGCUGCUCCUCAACGGACCGGUCCUGCGACAUCGUCCGUUCCCGCAUCCACCACGAGCGUUGGUUUUGGACCCUCCAAUAGCGGGACGCUGAGGCUUCCUCCGGACCGUGCCGCCGCCGCUCGGGAAAGACUUCGAAGACGCGCUGAAGCGAGGAAAGCGAGUGCCGACACCGAUGCUCUUACGGAUACUAACACCGCGAGAGACACUGGUGCGGCCAAGGACCCGGUACCUCAGCAGAAGCAACCCAUUGGGAGGGCGAAAGAGAUAGACCCAAUGACUGGGACCGAUGAACCGAGCUUCGACUGGGCGAACCUUGACGUGUGA